ACCCAAGCCAUUUCUUUGUGUUUUGCAAGAAAGCCAGAAAGAAAUGGGAAGCAAGGGUGUUAAGAGUGUAAUCAUGUGUGUGCUGAUACUAGGGAUAAUCUUGCAAGUAGAGGGCAAGAGUUGCUGCAAGAACACCCAAGCAAGAAACUGCUACAAAAUAUGUCGCCUUAGUUUUCCCCGGGCAAUCUGUGCAAUAACAUGUGACUGUAUAAUCAUAAAAGGCAAUAAAUGUCCAAGUGGCUUUCCUCAAUUGAACCUUCUUCCAAACUCCGGUGAACCAGAUGCCAUUGAGUACUGCAACUUGGGAUGUGUGUCUUCUAUGUGCGACAGCACGAAUAAUGCUCCAGAAUUUGUCGGCGAAGAGAUGAAGAUCGACAUGGCAGGCUGUAGUGAGGCAUGUGAUCGUUUCUGCAAACGGGAUGCUCGCAUCGCGUCCGUUGCUGCGUAAUCAUGCAUGUGCAUGUCAUGGGAUUUGUUGUGGAAGGCUAAGGUCUCAUCAUGAUGGAUGGUAUUCCACAAAAAGCAUCGCAUGGGUCAGAUCCAAGCCAGCGUGUCAUCUUAUAUAUGUAUGUGUGUGCUCUCUUUUUUUGUUUGUUACAAUAAAGGUAACCACACUAUGGAUGCCUUGUUCCUACCUGCAUGUGCUCAUCUCUAUCGAGAUGUAUGUGUAUGCGUGUGCCUUGGCUAGUUAAUAUAAUCACUAUAAAUUAUAUAGUUUUGUGUUA